AUGGCUACGCCGCCCGAGUCACCGGUUGAAGAGCAUGCGUAUGAACUGGAGCCGAGUCGAACGCCUAAACCAAUUCCUGUUGCCUUGGAAGAGCUGUGCAGGCAGACGAAGUUCUCAAAGCAAGAGAUACGAGUCAUGUACAGAGGAUUUAAGACGGAAUGUCCCGAAGGAGUCGUACAAGAAGAAUCUUUCAAAGACAUUUACGCCAAAUUUUUUCCUCACGGCAAUUCCGCCCUGUACGCUCAUUAUGUGUUCAAAGCUUUCGACGUCAACUGCAGUGGUGCAAUCAGCUUUAGAGAACUGCUAGUGACUCUCUCCACACUCCUCCGCGGUUCUGUUUACGAACGCCUUCGCUGGGCGUUCCGUCUCUACGACGUGGAUGGUGAUGGAGCUAUCACCAGGCAAGAGCUGGCUGAGGUCGUGGUAGCAGUGCACGAACUGUUAGGAAGACGAGCUCCCCCAGGGUCUUCAGCUGCUCGGCUGGAUGACGCAAAGGCGAAUGAACAGGUUGACCGUGUAUUCAGAAAGCUAGACCUAAACCAAGAUGGUGUCAUUACUAUUGAAGAGUUCCUGGAGUCGUGUCUCAAGGAUGACGUCAUCACACGCUCUCUGCAGAUGACCGUAGCUAAGCGCAUCCCACCCCCACCGCUCUGCCGCUGCGAGGACGGUUUACUUCGUUCAGCAGCCGCAUGGUUCAGAGCCCGCCGGUACACCCAGUAUCUGGCGAUGGUCGACGACUUCUACUUACGCGUGGUCCGGCCCAGGUUGAGGAGCGUGCUGUUGCUGCAUUUUUAA